UGCCUGCUGCGGCGGGGCCGGAAGGAGGCCAACGACGACAGCCCGGGCCCCUCGGCGGCGGCAGCGCCCGUGCGGAGGGGGGGAGAACCCCAGGGUCCGGCCCCGGUCCGGCCCGGCCCGAGGGACGGACGAUGGCAGAGAUCAGCGACCUGGACCGGCAGAUCGAGCAGCUGCGGCGCUGCGAGCUCAUCAAGGAGAGCGAGGUCAAAGCCCUGUGCGCCAAGGCCAGAGAAAUCUUGGUGGAGGAGAGCAAUGUACAGAGGGUGGAUUCUCCCGUCACGGUAUGCGGGGAUAUCCACGGACAAUUCUACGACCUCAAAGAGCUGUUCAGGGUGGGGGGAGACGUUCCUGAGACCAACUACCUCUUCAUGGGGGACUUCGUGGACCGCGGCUUCUACAGUGUUGAGACGUUUCUACUACUGCUGGCCCUCAAGGUGCGCUACCCUGACCGCAUCACCCUGAUCCGGGGCAACCACGAGAGCCGGCAGAUCACCCAGGUGUACGGCUUCUACGACGAGUGUCUGCGCAAGUACGGCUCGGUGACGGUCUGGCGCUACUGCACCGAGAUCUUCGACUACCUCAGCCUGUCCGCCAUCAUCGACGGCAAGAUCUUCUGUGUGCACGGGGGCCUCUCCCCCUCCAUCCAAACCCUGGACCAGAUCCGGACGAUCGACCGGAAGCAGGAGGUGCCGCACGACGGGCCAAUGUGUGACCUUCUCUGGUCGGACCCCGAAGACACAACGGGCUGGGGUGUGAGCCCCCGGGGGGCAGGGUACCUGUUCGGCAGUGACGUGGUGGCCCAGUUCAACGCGGCCAAUGACAUCGACAUGAUUUGCCGGGCCCACCAACUGGUCAUGGAGGGCUACAAAUGGCACUUCAACGAGACCGUUCUCACCGUCUGGUCCGCGCCCAACUACUGUUACCGCUGUGGGAAUGUGGCCGCUAUUUUGGAACUGGAUGAACACCUGCAGAAGGACUUCAUCAUCUUCGAAGCGGCACCCCAAGAGACCCGGGGCAUUCCUUCCAAGAAGCCCGUGGCCGACUACUUCCUGUGACCCCCGAGGAGUCGUCUCCAACCUCCCUUCCCCUCCACCCGCCCCGGCCUCACCGGGCUGGCUGCCCCUCGGACCACUGUGACUCUGCCCGCGGCCGCCACUCCCCCCCAUUCUCGGGGCAGAGUCUCCUAGGGCAGAGGGACUUUUUCCAGCUGCCCCCUUUUCCUCUUUUCCCCACCCACCCUCCCUCCCCUAAAGUCCUGGCCCCGUCGGCUCUUAAGAGGGCCUUAGUCCGUGGGCUCUGUCCCUACUCGUUCCUGGGAGGAGGAGCUGGGGAAGAAAAGGCUUUUACAUCCCAGGCGAGGGAGCCGGGAGGAAAAAGGUGCUGUGACCUGGGGAAAGGAAACUGUGGGGGGAAAGGAGUCUCGCACCAGGGACGGUAGGGUAGGGAGAACCAUGGCUUUAAUGUCUCUCUUCCUAACCCACUCCUCCAGGUUGAUCUGAUUCCGAGUUUCCAAUUUU